AUGGCUACCAUGAAAGGCUUAGUGAGAAAGGGCUCGCUAAUCGGCGAAAUGGGUUUUAUCAAGGGAGGCGGAAACAUUAACUGGUUCCCAGGUCACAUGGCGGCCGCCACCCGGGCCAUCCGCGACCGCCUCAAGCUCUCCGACCUCGUCAUCGAAGUACGCGACGCCCGCAUACCUCUAUCAUCGGCGAAUGAGGAGUUGCAACCCAUGCUGGCAGGGAAGAGACGUGUGAUUGCUCUAAAUAAGAAAGAUUUGGCCAACCCCAACAUCAUGCAUAAAUGGACUCGCUAUUUUGAUUCAUGCAAGCAAGAUUGUCUUCCAAUUAAUGCGCACAGCAAAAGUUCUGUUAGAAAGCUUCUUGAUCUUGUGGAGUACAAAUUGAAGGAAGUUAUAUCUAGAGAGCCCACUCUUCUUGUCCUGGUGGUCGGUGUGCCUAAUGUUGGCAAAUCGGCUUUAAUUAAUUCCAUUCAUCAAAUAGCAUUAUCUCGGUUUUCUGUGCAGGAGAAGAAGAAAAGAGCCACGGUGGGACCCUUACCUGGAGUUACACAAGAUAUUGCUGGAUUUAAGAUUGCUCAUCAGCCGAGCAUAUACGUUUUGGAUACACCGGGAGUGUUGGUUCCAAGUAUUCCAGAUAUAGAGACUGGGUUAAAGCUAGCUUCAGCAGGUUCUGUUAAGGAUUCUGUAGUUGGUGAAGAGCGGAUAACUCAGUAUUUACUAGCUGUCUUGAAUACGAGAGGCACUCCUCUACACUGGAGGCACUCCACGAGUCGAGAAAAUGAAGCACACAAUCACAAUCUUGACGAGAAACCCGAUUAUGACCUUAAAGGUCUUUUGCCGAAGAGGAAAAAGACUCCUAGUGACAAAUCUGAUGUUUACUACGUUGAGGACUUAGUUAGUCACGUUCAAGGAGCGCUUUGCGAGGCCCUAACAGAGUUCGAUGGGAGCUUAGAGGAUGAAGGUGACUUGGGGAAUCUUAUAGAACAGCAGUUUGAAGCUUUGCAGAAGGCACUGAAAAUACCUCAUAAAGCCUCUGAGGCUCGUACGAUUGUCUCUAAAAAAUUCCUCACAUUGUUCAGAACAGGCAAACUUGGUCCUUUCAUCCUUGAUGAUGUCCCUCAAGCGAUUUGA